GUCUGAUCUAUAUAAUUUCUCAAAUUGAAGAAUCUCCGGCUUUGUUCUCUCCAUUUCCUGAUUUAUAUUCCAUCUCCAAAUUCCCAAAACUUCAAAGCAAACUUCAAAGCAAAUCAUCAUGUCAGAAGCACAAUUCGAAAAGCCAAGUUCCAGCCUGACAGUAUACCGCGGCUGGCCCACCGUAGGCGCAUACGUCUGGUCCCCCUUCGUCAUCAAGCUUGAGGCGCGCCUACGCUUCUCCGGCACUCCCUACACCACCGACUCAGGCUCUCCCCUGAAAGCCCCGAAAGGGAAGAUCCCCUACAUCGAAUAUACAGACGAAACAAACCGUACAAUUACGCUAGGAGACUCAACCCUCAUCAUCAAUCACCUUACCGACUCUGGCACUCUCCCAGACCUCAACGCCACGCUCUCUCCAGGAAAGAAGGCAAUAGAUCUCGCGCUCCGUGCGCUGCUGGAAGAUAAGCUAUAUUUCUACCACACAUGGGAGCGCUGGACCCAAAACUACUACCGCAUGCGCGACCACGUCCUCUCCGCCCUCCCCUAUCCCAUUCGCGUUCUUGUCGGCCUCCUUGCCUACCGCAAAACGGUCCAGACCCUGUACGGGCAAGGCACAGGACGCUACUCUGCGGAUGAGAUACGCGCGUUCAGGCUCGAGAUCUGGGAGAAUAUCAAUGUUCUACUCGCCGCCUCAAAGGCUGCCUCCACCGUGGACAAUCAUUCGCCGUUCUGGAUCCUUGGGGGUGAGAGUCCGUCAGAGGCCGACGCAGUGGUCUUCGGAUUUGUAGUUUCAGUGCUUGUUUGCACUGCGUCUCCGGAGUCGAGGGCAGUCGUGAGGGGGUUUCCGAUGCUGGUGGAGUAUGCGAAGAGGAUCCACGAGAAGUUUUUCCCGGAUUAUGAGAGGUGGGAGUAGGUUUGUUAUGGCGAAGACUUGAAAAAAGGGUGGGGAAAGUGGACGUGAGAUUUUGAGGUGUUCGGGGCGUUACAUAAGUUUCUGUUUGAAGUUGGGUCUAGAGGGGACCCCUGACGGUGUCAGGUACUUCGAAAAAGAAUAAGAAACUUGGAUGUACUUUCAAAAGUGUUGAUAUCGCC